AUGAACUACUUCUCCAUAGAAGCCCACAAGAAUUCCUCAGUAAACUCAUUACGACUCGUAGAGAAUACUCAAUUUGCAAUAACAGGAGGUGGAAAUGACUUCUUAGUCAAGCUACAUAAUUUGCUGGAAUCUUAUAGCCAGACAUUACCAAAGGAGCAUACCAAUGCUGUCAAUAGCAUCGCCAUUGCAAAAACGCGGGACUUUUUCUGUUCUACCUCAAAUGAUGUGGUUGUUCUAUGGGACAUAGUUAAGCAACAGAAGGUUCAGAAGCUUGUAGCUAGCGAAUCCGAAGAUACAGUGAGGGAUCAGAUAAUGGAUAGUUCCAUCCUUAAUGACAACCUUGUUGCAGUUUGUGGAACAAAUCAUAGGGUGAAGUUCUUCGAUUUGCGUCAAAAACAAAGAAGUAGACCCAUAUUUUCGCUUGCAGCAGGUGAUGACAAUUUAAAUACCUUGAAUUUUCAAGAAAACAACAUCUUAUCUAUAGGAAGUUCGAACGGCAACAUGUACUCAAUUGAUUUGAGAAAUCAGAACUUAAUAACGGACCUGUUUGUUAAUGGUAGUAUCACCAGUAUUGACGGUUAUGAAGAGGGGCUCUUGAUUACCUUUGAUAUAGGAUUAAUAGAGUUAAUUGAUUUCAAAAGCUCUAAAAGGAUGUUGAAAUUAAGCGAACCAUGCCUGGCUUCUUACAAGCUCAAUUCUCAACUCAUAAAAGACUAUUACAGUAAUGGCUUAUAUUACAUUGCAGGGGCUUCAGAAUAUGGCACAAUUCAUUUAUGGAGCUUUUAUUUCGAUGACCCGGAUCACAUUUACAAGGCAAAGGAAUUGCAUCCAAAGAUACUGGAUUCAAAAGAGUCAGGUAUAUUAAAUAUAGUUCGGUUUGCCUCAAAUUCUAAUAGACUAGUCAGCUCUAGUGGAGAUGGCAUGUUGCAUAUCUGGGACAAUUUGAUCUAA